GGGGGUGGGGGACGGGUGGAGUAUGAUUGACGCGUUGCUUGGGUUCGCUCCGCCCCUUUCCGCUCCCGUCUGCCUUUGAGUUGGGGGCUGAAAGUUCAUAGAGGGCAGAGGACGCCGCCGUAUAUCAAGGCGGACCCUUAGUCCAUUCAAACUAGUUCUGUCGACAUUGACUGGCAACGGUGCCCUCCAAGCAUGUGCUCCUCCUCCAAGUUACGGCCGCCACUUACUUAAUCACAGUUAUACGCAGCCAUUUUUCCUCUUGCAAAGAAUUCCAGGCAGCUUACAUGGGCCUCCUCUCCAUUCUAACCUCACAUCAGCCUUGUGGAGUAGGCUCAGGGCCUGACCUGGUGAGGGUGAUGAGUCACGGUGAGCACUCUGACCACUGGGCCACACUCGCCAUCUUACCAUGGCAGCUUGGAUGUGAAGAGGGGGUUUGCUUCUCCCCUCACUCCUCUUUGUGUUUUCCCUUAGUUCUUGGUGUCACUGUGGAGAUGAUUUGAAGCAUUUCUUAGUUGUGCUCUCCGAUCCUUUAUGUAAUAUAGUUUAUCUUAUGAAAUAUGGGUUGUUAGUGGCUUUAUAAAAUAAAUAUAUAUUUUAUUCCACCUUUCUCCCAGAAACAAAGGGUGGAGUUUAUAGUUUUGCUCUCACUUAUCUUUCAUCCUCUGAACAACCCUGUGAGGUAGACUAGGUGGAGAAUUAGCGGCUAGCCCAAAGCCGUUCAGUGAGCUUUAUGGCUGAGCUGGAUUUUGACCCUGUGACUCCAUUGUCCUUGAUAGAUACUAACCACUGCACCAAACUGGUUCAUUAUAUGCAAGAAUGCUUGGUUUCAAGGGUGGGGUUUCUUAAUUGGAUUCUCAGAUCUGUUUUAUAUUACAUGCUUAUGCUGUUUCUGCUACUUGUACAGUUUUUACUAAUACAAGUUAGGGGCUGUGUAGCACACAGAAAGAGUUCUCUGUUUAGGAUAUUAUACUCCAGGAUCAUACAAAGAGCCCUGCUGGAUCUGAUCAAGGCACCAUUUAGGUACAGUAUCCUCACUCUAGCAGUGGCCAAUCAAGUAGCUCAUGAAAUCCAUCAGCUGUGAUCCAGAACAGGGCUAGGAAACUUCAGAUAGGUUGGGGUGCUGCAUUGCCUCCUUCAGAAGCUGCUGCUCAUUGCUGGUGCCAGUAAUCUCACAUCCUCUUCCUCUGCAGAAUCCGGCAUUCCCUCGCCUUCCAAAUAAUGGUGGGGAGCAUGAUUCUGUUGGGAAUCUGGAAGUGAGGUGGUAAUAGGAAACCUAGUGGGCGUCUCAAAACCCUAUGGAAGGCUGCUCUUUGGAGUUUAUUGCACUCACUUAGGGAUCGUUUCUCAGAAUCAAGGAGUUAGAAGUAAACUUUCAGAUAAGUGAGGCCCCCACUGUGCUGCUUUUGGACUCGGAAGGGGAAAAUGGAGCUGUCAGGAAUGAAAAAGAAGAGUUUGCUAGGCAUCAAAGAAAAUAAUAAAAAGUCCAGCACUAGGGCUCCCUCUCCUACCAAGCGCAAGGAUCGGACUGAAGAAAAAUCCAAGGAUCGAUCCAAGGACAAGCCCACCACAAAGGAGUCGAGCGAAAAGGACCGUGGGCGUGAUAAAACUCGCAAAAGGCGCAGUGCCUCCAGUGGCAGCAGUAGCACUAGGUCUCGGUCCAGCUCCACAUCCAGCUCUGGUUCAAGCUCCAGCACAGGCUCCAGCAGUGGCUCCAGUUCCUCCUCCGCAUCAAGUCGUUCUGGAAGCUCUAGCACUUCUCGCAGCUCCAGCUCCAGCAGCUCCUCAGGUUCUCCAAGCCCUUCCCGACGCAGGCAUGACAACAGGAGGCGUUCCCGUUCAAAGUCUAAGCCACCCAAGCGAGAAGAAAAGGAACGGAAGAGGAGGAGUCCAUCCCCCAAGCCCACCAAAGUGCAUGUUGGGAGAUUAACCAGAAAUGUGACCAAGGAUCACAUCAUGGAAAUAUUUUCCACAUACGGAAAGAUCAAAAUGAUUGAUAUGCCAGUCGACAGGCUCAACCCACACCUCUCCAAAGGUUAUGCAUAUGUAGAAUUUGAGAAUCCAGAUGAUGCUGAGAAGGCCCUAAAGCACAUGGACGGAGGGCAGAUCGAUGGUCAGGAGAUCACGGCCACCGCUGUCUUGGCUCCCCGGCCUAGGCUGCUUCCCAGGCGCUUUACCCCUCCUAGGAGGAUGCUGCCACCUCCACCCAUGUGGCGCCGUUCACCACCUCGCAUGAGGAGAAGGUCCAGGUCUCCCAGGCGCAGAUCCCCAGUUCGCAGGCGAUCGAGAUCAAGAUCACCGGGCCGGAGACGACACCGUAGCCGCUCCAGUUCCAAUUCUUCCCGAUAAAAUGCAGGACUUGGCAGCUUCUUGGAUUUUUUUUUAACUUAAAGUGCAUCCAGUCAAAAAUUGUACCUUUUUUUAAAAAAAUAAAGGAAUGUGAAUAGAGCAAAGGAUAAGCCGAAAACUAGCUAAGCAUCUUGGCCCCAAUGGGGUGGGGGGUGAACUUCUUUGCAUUGGAUUUAAGUGCUUUUUAAUUGUAUCUUUGUUUUUGAGGUUCCUGAUGAGAUUAUACUUUAGAAAUUAGCACUGGCAUCAUGAGUCCUGUGAGCUCUGUUACUGUCAGGAUACACCAAAAAUAGAGAAUGUUCCUUCAUUUUCUACACUUCCCCAGCAAAUUUAGCUACAAGGUAUUUGUUUCAUUCCCCCCCCCCCCCGCUUUCCUUGCAUAUGGAGAUGUUGGGUAUUACAUCCUUUGGUAUUUCAUUCUUCUGCCAGGACACACAAAAUGUUAGGCAUCCCAUAUUGCCUGAGAUUGUUCUCUGAAACAAACCCAAGAACUUGGAAAGAACCCUAGUGCUCUUGUGACUCCUUCCUUUGCCAACAUGGCUUUGUACAUGGUUCACUCAGUCUUUUCGUCCUGGGACUGAUAUAAAUGUGUUUGCUUUAUAGAAGAUGGGAAACACAUUGGCAGAGAUUUCCCUCACACUGUCUAGGGUUAAUUUUGAGACCAAUUCAGGUAACCAAGGUUCAGUUUGCAAAAGGCAAGCAUUUUGAGGCCUACUGUACAGUUGUUACUAUAAAGUUUGAUUUUUGUAUGACUUUGUAGCAUCUUGUAGUCAUGUUGUGUUUGUACUUGUGUAGAGUAACAAGACCGAAUAAACCAAUAUGGUCACAAGUAAAUGCGCAUUGAGGCUUUGUCACUGAAAAGUUUGAUGACUGUUUAAAAUUUUACCAGUUAUGUCUGAACAGUUGGUUGAGUUGCUGAACAGAGCCAAGGGUAUAGCAUUUGCUGUUCAGAUAAUUAAUACAUUCCUACAUGUUAAGAGCUUGUUCUGUCUUCAUCAGGGAUGCUUUGGUAUCUGUUUGUAUAUAUCUGAAAUGGAGUAAGGAACUGCUGUAGCCAUGUCGCUAGAAAGGAUUGUUUCACUGUUUGGGCAAUAAAUUCUUGAACUGUAAACGUGACAUUAA